AUGGCUUCUGGCCCGCCAGGUGUGACACGCGCUCUGAGCCUCUGUUGCUUGAUGAUUCUGGCGAGUCGCGCCAACAGAGCACAGGCGAAAAUGAACUCUGAGCUGCGCAAGAGGAAACCGACGGACGAUCUCAUCUAUAUCAUUCCGCCACUUACCGUUGCGCUGGAUGCCGAUCUACCCGUGGGCACGUCCACCUUUAUUACCAAAUCCAACCGCAUCACGCUCUUCUUCGAUUUUGGACCUUUGCCAACUAAAGAGACCGGAUCUCUCGUCGUUCGUUCCCCGUCAUUCUUUUCACUCAACAGUCCUUACAAGAUGCGCAACUCAAUCACCGCUGCCGCCGCUUUCCUGGCUCUGGGAGCUAGAGCCGACAUUUACCCCAACUAUGAGUAUGGCAACAUGUUCUACCUUGGCCCUACCACCGGUGGUCAGUAUAUCACCAAGGCCACCUACAACAUGGAGGUCCCCAACCCGCCCACAAACUGGGUGAAGACCGAUGAGACUCAGCGCUGGCUCUCCCUCUGGAUCGGUGUUCAGGACAACCCCAACAACGGCGACGUGCUCAACAUGAACUUUGUCCAGCCCCUCCUUAACUGGGGACCCGAUAACUCCGUCUGGGGCUGCAGCGCUCCCAACACGCAGUGGUGUGCUGCUGCCAGCAAUUACCAACCCAGUGGUCAAAUUGGCCAGGCCUACGUCCCGGUCAACAAGGAGGCCACUCUUGAGUUUGAGAUUUCUCUUAAUUCCUCCACCGACAUGAUCGACCAGAAGAUCUGGCAGAACGGAGACCUCAUCUCUUCCGAGUCUGACUCCAAGGGCAUGAGACCUGCCGUCUUCUACUCUGGUAACGAUACACCAAUAUCACCCUUGUUUUCGACCAAUAUCACCCUUGUUUUCGACAAGGCUGUUACAAACUUGGCCGAAAUUAUCUCCUAUACCAACGCUACCCACACAGAAUGGCAGACGAAGGACAACGGUAUCACAUGGACCGUCGACUCCAUCACCAUCGCGGAGGAUAACUUGACCGAAUAA